CGCCCAUUUAUCUGAACGGACAGUUCUGACGGAGAUGGCACGAGCGCUGUGAUGCGUUAUUUAACCGGCUACUUUACACAAAUGUGCUUAAAACACACUGAGCUCGAAGAGAAGCAGCUCGGAGAGAAGACGUGUGGAAGUGUUUUAGCUUAGUGGACUACAGUUAGCGAGGUAGCGGUGUGUUUAUUUCUGCUGGUGGCCUCAGCACCGCCGGCUCUGACUGUAAACAGCGGAGUUUUUUGAGGAAGCAGCAGGUCAUGUUGUUUUUAAAUGGAGCUCUGACUGAGUAGGGACUUCAUUCUGACCUCUCAGCAUCCUCUCCAUCAUGUUUCCGCUGGACUCGCCCUGGAAUAUCUCAUUCGCAGGUUGUGGGUUUCUCGGUGUCUACCAUAUUGGAGUGGCGAGCUGUCUGCAGCAGGAAGCGCCUUUCCUCAUUGAGAAUGCGCAGCAUGUGUACGGAGCCUCAGCAGGAGCACUCACUGCCACGGCGCUGGUCAGCGGGGCUUGUCUGGGAGAGGCAGGUGCCCGCAUUAUCGAUGUUGCGAAGGAAGCAAGGAAGCGUUUUCUGGGACCAAUGCACCCUUCCUUUAACCUGGUGAAGAUAAUGCGGGGCAUGAUGCAUCGGAUACUGCCGCAUGAUGCGUACAGCAAGGCCACGGGCCGACUGGGCAUCUCUCUCACCCGCGUCACAGAUGGGGAGAAUGUGCUGGUGUCUCAAUUCAACAGCAAUGAGGAACUGGUGCAAGCGUGUGUGUGCAGUGCCUUUAUUCCCGUGUACUGUGGCCUUAUACCUCCCACCCUGCGGGGAGUGCGUUAUGUGGAUGGAGGGAUCACUGAUAAUUUGCCUCAGUAUGAGCUGAAGAACACCAUCACAGUAUCUCCGUUCUCAGGGGAGAGUGAUAUCUGCCCCCGAGAUUCCAGCUCCACCAACCUGCACGAACUCAGAUUUACCAACACCUCUAUACAGUUCACACUCUCCAACCUGUAUAGAGUCUCCAGAGCGCUGUUUCCUCCGGAUCCGCAGGUGCUGAAGACAAUGUGCCAGCAAGGAUACAAAGAUGCAUUGCAUUUCCUAAAGAAAAAUGGCCUGUUACAGUUCCAGCAACCUCAGCAGCCACUGAGUAACGGUGGUGUGAGGGUUGAGGAGGACUCCGAGAAUGAGAAUGAGGAGGAUCAAAGACAUAGAAGAGAAAGAGAGAUGAUGCCUGGCACUCACUCAAGUGUAGAGGAACAUAUAUUGGAGCACUUACCUCCACAGCUGCAUAGGGCUCUCAUGGAAGCCUGUGAAGAAAGACGACGUCCCAUGCAGUCUCUAAGCAACACGCUACCAGUCAGGAUGCUGUCAGCCAUCUUAGAGCCAUGCACACUGCCGCUGGAGUCAGCUGUGUCACUGAGUAUCAGGAUGUUGGAGUGGCUCCCUGAUGUCCAGGAGGAUGUGGGCUGGAUUAAAGAUCAGACUGUGAAGCUAUUGAAUUGUGUUCUAAACCAUGCCAGGAGGAAUGUGUCCCAACAGCUGGUGGCACGAUUGUCUUAUCAGUUGGAAUUGAGGCAUGCUCAGUCUGCGCCGGCAAGUUUCAGCGCUGCCAAUCUUCUGCCAGGCUGGGUGUGUAGACGCAGCUCGUCUGUGCUGGAUGCUCUCCAGCGUUUGGAGCAGUACCAGCGCCAGCUCCUGCCAGGCUUCUUCUGCAUUAACCUGAAUCUACACGGCUCCUUUAGUGCUGGAUCUCUCCAACCUACAUUUACCCCUUCUCCACCUAUCCAUGAAGACAUGGAUGAAGGUUUGACUAUGCAUCCUGUGGGGUCCGCUAAUGCCGACUUUCUUCCACAAAACAAUCAAAUGGAGGACCAUCCCAUCUCAUAAUGCACUUUUUCAGUCAUGGAAAAUUGUGAUGUCAUGUGAUCACCAUGAGCCCCAGGCAUUCUGAGAAAACUAAUAAUUCCAACAUACUCAAUGCUAAAAAAGGAUGUUUAAAGAAGUUCUUGGUUAUUUAUUUAAUUAACUCAUCAAGAUGAACAGAACUGGAUCCUCUAUGGCUUUUAUGUGAUUCCCCGUUCUGUAACUGGACACCAUGAGGAAAGUUUAUUGUUCAUUUUAUUACUUUGCAAAAGUGAUGUUUUCUGGGUGUCUGGAAAACAUGGGCAGCUUAAUGAUGCCUUUAAAUUUCUGACGUUAAACAAGGUUUUUUUUUUUGGGGGGGGUGUCAUCAGCUCGUCCUGGGGCGGCAUUUAUUUCAUUCCCACACUGUCAAAAAACAUCACCUACCUGAUACUAGUGAGAGAUCUUUGUAAAUCAGGCCUUAGAGACCAGGCAGUGGUGGGAGAGAUUUUUAAAACCACAAUAUUACAAAAAAAUGUAGAAAGACUUAUUUGUCCUAAUAUACACUCACCGAACACUUUAUUAGGAACACUGUACUAAUACUGAGUAGGGCCUCGCUUUGCUCUCAAAAUUGCCUCAAUUCUUCGUGGCAUAGAUUCCACAAGUUGUUGGAAACAUUCCUUUGAGGUUCUGGUCCAUGUUGACAUGAUUGCAUCAUGCAAUUCCUGCAGAUUUUUCAGCUGCACUUUCACGCUGCGAAUCUCCCGUUGUACCACAUCCCAAUGGUGUUCUACUGGAUUCAGAGCCGGUGACUGGGAAGGCCACUGAAGAACACUGAACUCGUUGUCAUGUUCAUGAAACCAGUUUGAGACGACUUUUGCUUUGAGACAUGGUGCAUUAUCAUGCUGGAAGUAACCAUUAGAAGAAGACGGUAAAUUGUGGCCAUGAAGGGAUGCACAUGGUCAGCAACAAUACUCAAAUAGUCUGUGGCAUUCAAGCGAUGAUUGAUUAGUAUAACGGGCCCAAAGUAUAUCAAGAAAACAUUUCCCACUCCAUUACACCACCUCCACCAGCCUGGACUGUUGACACGAGGCAGGUUGGGUCCAUGGAUUCAUGCUGAUUCAUGCUGUUGGUGCCAAAUUCUGACCCUGCCAUCUGUGUGCCUCAGCAGAAACCGAGAUCCAUCAGACCAGGCUACAUUUUUCUAGUCUUCAACUGUCCGGCUGUGGUGAGCCUGUACCCACUGUAGCCUCAGCUCUGUUCUUGGCUGACAGAAGUGGAACCCAACGUGGUCUUCUGCUGUUGUAGCUCAUCCUCCUCAAGGUUUGACAUGUUUGAGAUGCUUCUCUGCUCACCACAAUUAUACAGAGUGGUUAUCUGAAUUACUGUAGCCUUUCUGUCAGCUCGAACCAAUCUCGCCAUUCUCCGUUGACCUCCCUCAUCAACAAGGUGUUUCCACCUGCAGAACUGCUGCUCAGUGGAUGUUUUUUCUUUAUUGCACCAUUCUGAGUAAACUCUGGAGACUGUUGUGCAUGAAAAUCCCAGGAACUCAGCAGUUAUAGAAAUACUCAAACCGGCCCAUCUGGCACCAACAAUCAUGCCACAGUAAAAAUCACUGAGACCACAAUUUUUCCCCUUUCAGAUGGUUCAUUUGAAUAUCACCCGAAGCUGCUGGCCUGUAUCUGCAUGAUUUUAUACAUUACACAAUUAGCUGAUUAGAUAAAUGCAUGAAUGAGUGGGUGUACAAGUGUUCCUAAUAAAGUGCUCAGUAUAUGCACAUGCAGCCAUGACUUUUCAAAUUUCGUAAGUCUGUUUGUUUUUGUUUUUUGCUUCACUAUAGUUUUCUAUAGGCUUAUUUUGUUUUCUUGAAUAUAUUGCACAAAAUAUAUUCAAGGAAAAAAUAAUAUAAUAUAAAAACUAAUAUAAUAUAAAAAAUAUAUUGUGUUUGAACCCGGGGACCUGACAACAGGAAAAAAAGUUCACUGGAGUGAUGCUAAAGGAACAUUGCUGUACUCACCGUGCUGUGAAUUACAUCAAUGAUACAGAAGGUUAUAUUUUGAUGAACAUUAGGCUUCAAAGUUUGUGUGCUUCUUAUCUAGACUUGACUGCACAGCCUCAGUCAGAAAACACAUUCCUCAACCUGAACUCUUUAUUGUGAUCAGUCUGAAGAUGUAUUUGGGAGAACUUCCAUCACCUCAUCAACUGCCCUUGUUUUUGGCUAAAAUGUGGAAUGGGAAAAAAAUUGCAUGUUGCAUGAUCCUGUAUGCUGGAGUAUUUUUUUCUGUGAUGAUUUUGCUUCUGGCUGUUGAGCUCUUUGCAGUCGGAGAGCAGUUUUUCCCCACACAAAAGUGAUACAUUGGUGGUGUGCCCAGGUAUAUUGAUCACCGCCCAAGUAUAUCUUGUCCCAUAAUCGUAAAAAAGCAUGUAUAGAAAUAGUGACUGUACUAAUUAUAACAUUAACUGUGUGAAAAAACUUUGAGCAUACAAAUACAUAUUAAAUAUACUAGGACAUGCCACUACCCUGCCUCAGCUGUAUUUCAGAUCUGAGGAAAACUGGACAAUAUUUAUACUUUCUGUCUUUAAGAAAAGACUGUGUAGUAUGAGACAGGCUGCAAUUCAGAGCAGCUCGAGUUUCACACAGCACAUACGCAACAUACAGUAGGUUUGAAAUAAAUCAUUUUGGUGCAUUAAUUUUUGAGUGGACAAACCACUUGUGGCCUAAUACAGUGUGUUACGCAUUCAGCAUUGCAGGUAUCUUUGUUUAGGUAAGAGACCAGAGAAAUCAGAGAAAGGUUAUCAGCAUGUGUCAGUGAGAAACUGAUGAAAACACAGAGAGAAAGUAGACAAUUAUUUCAUUAUAAAAAUUGUCUAGUGUGGACCCGCCUAUUUUGGAUGACAAAACAUAGGUUCCCGUAAAAAAUUAAUAGGUUCCCUUAAUAAAUUAAUUAAAAUUAGAUAAAAUUAAUGGGUAAAUAGGUGGGAUUGACGUUUUAAUAAAAUUUUUUUCCCCUGAGCCUCAUUAGAGGCCAUAGAGCCCAUAGAGUAGAGCGUCUAUAUAAUGACUGACAGGAAGCCCAUCCAAACACACACAAGCAUUCCGGGCCGGAAGUCAGUUUUCCAAACGGGUUUUCUCAGUCUCUUAAUACACUUGUGCUGAGACCGUUGCUUAAAUCAUUAUUUUUUAAAUCAUGUUCUACAUAUUUUCCAGGUUAUUUGUACAAGUGCAAAAUGAACAGUUGACUGUUGUACCUUUAAUGAGGGUUUAAAGGGAGUGUGCUGAGUAUGAUGGCAAGAGCUUAUUAUGUUGGAGGAUGUUGGGUUUCUUGUCUCUGUGUGAGUAAUUGUGAUUGUGAUUGGUUGCUGAUGGGUUGUGACCAUGUGCCACUUCAAUGCAAUGCAAUGUAUAGUGUAAUUCCUGCUGUAUAUUCCUGCUGCUUGUGUUCAUUUAUGUCAAAUAGCUGAUACUCAUGGUUUACUUUUUAGUAACGUAUGAUUGCAGUGUCACUCUUUGUGCUGAUAAAAAUAAAAAUUAAUUAAUAAUUCAAAAUGAAUUAUAAAUUAAAUUAACAGUUAAAAUGUAUUAUAAAUUAAACACAAAUUAAUUAAAAAAAAAACAGCUGUCCUGUGGUAUACAGGAAACAGUGUACAAA